GGGCCCGGAGCUUCCGGGAGCGGGAUGGAGCCGGCGGCGGCGCCGGCGCGGGAGCGAGGCCGUGGCUUCUGCGCCAGCGAGCACCAGCACACUCGUUACAACCCGCUGCGGGACGACUGGGUGCUGGUGUCGGCCCACCGGGUGAAGCGGCCGUGGCAGGGGCAGCUGGAGAAGCCACCUCCCGAAGAUGUGCCCCGCUGGGACCCCAGCAACCCCCUCUGCCCCGGGGCCACUCGGGCCAAUGGCGAGGUGAACCCGCAGUAUGAGAGCACCUUUGUGUUCCCAAAUGACUUCCCUGCGCUGCAGCCUGAUGCCCCUGAGCCUGGUGACAGCGAUCACCCCUUGUUUCGAGCUGCAGCAGCACGGGGUAUGUGCAAGGUGAUGUGCUUCCACCCCUGGUCGGACCUGACGCUGCCCCUCAUGUCCCUGGCAGAGAUCCGGGCUGUCAUCGACGCGUGGGCAGAGCUGGCGGCUGAGCUGGGUGCCUCUUACCCAUGGGUGCAGAUCUUCGAGAACAAGGGAGCGAUGAUGGGCUGCUCCAACCCGCACCCCCACUGCCAGGUGUGGGCCAGCAGCUUCCUCCCAAACGAGGCACGGCUGGAGGACCGGACCCAGCGGCAGCACCUGAGCCAGCAUGGCGUGCCCAUGCUGCUGGAGUACGCCGAGCAGGAGGCUCAGCGAAAGGAGCGGGUGGUGGUGGAGAACGCAGACUGGCUGGUCGUGGUGCCAUACUGGGCCACCUGGCCCUACCAGACCCUGCUGCUGCCCCGCCGGCACGUCUGCCGCCUCCAGGAUCUCCGCGAGGCCGAGAGGGACAGCCUGGCCUCCAUCAUGCAGAGGCUGCUCAUCAAGUAUGACAACCUCUUCGAAAUCUCAUUCCCCUACUCCAUGGGCUGGCAUGGAGCCCCCACGGGCCCCUAUCUGGAGGAGGACUGUGGGCACUGGCAGCUCCAUGCCCACUACUACCCGCCGCUGCUCCGCUCUGCCACCGUCCGCAAGUUCAUGGUGGGCUAUGAGAUGCUGGCACAGGCCCAGCGCGACCUCACCCCAGAGCAGGCAGCUGAGCGCCUGAGGAGCCUUCCCGAGCUGCACUACAAGCAGAGGGGACAAGGGGACCUUGUGACGGGGAGCAGUGGAGGCAGCUGUGCUCAGAAACACCAGGGAGAGCAGUCAGAUGGGGAUGGUGAGAGCCGAGGCCUGGGAACUCUGCGUCACUUGUGAACCUGCUGAUCUCCUAACCUCUCCUGAGCCUUGCUGUGGCUUGGCCUGGCUUAGGGAUCGGUUUUGCCUCUUGAGGUACACCAGUGCCAAUCCUCUGGCAUCCUCUGUCUCCUUCCCCAUCCCCAGCCUGUCUUCCAUCUCUGCAAUGUGCUCCUACUCUACCUACCCACUUGAUCCUUCUUACUUACCAGCAGCCUUACUGAUGGGGCUGGGAGUGCUGCCUGAGCCAUGAAGGGGCACAGCCCCCCAGAACAAUAAAAC